AUGAAAGACACAGACAGAGGGACUGUCCGAGAUUGGAGGAGGCCCAAGGAACACGAUCCUGACCUUGGACUGGACCUGCUUAAGUCCGAUGUUUCCCCACCUCUCUAUGCCCUGCCCUCCCCUCCAAAUUCCCUCCGCUUCGGCACAAUACCCACCCCACCCCCCACCAUGGCACCCCCCGUGCCCACUGGCGCUUCUGCCUCUGCUCAGUCUCCUGUUACCCUGCGAGAUGAAUUUGGGAACCCAUCUGAGGUGAACAGCUGCUCCGUCUGCUAUCGGGUGACCGCCAAGCCCCAGGGGCCCGCGGUCUUUUCUGCCAAUUACAAAGACUGCCAUGCGCUGGAGAAGGAUGGGCGCUCCCACCCGAGGGUGUUCGUGGAAGCUGUGCUGCCCAAUGGCACUCUGAUCUGUCCCAAACCUGAUCACACCUGGACUCCAGACUCCCACCUGGCACCACCCACCACAUUCUCCCUUCCUGCCCCUCAUCUGCAUCCCCUCCGCCCUACCCCAGAGGACAGCUUAGCCCAUUUAACCCCUGCCUCAUUCCCUAGGUACCCUCUGACUCAGUAACAGUGCCAGGUGGCCUCCAGGCACAUCCCCCGCAGAGUGAGAAGAAGUUCAAAGGAAGCGUCAGCUGGCUGCUGUCAUGACAACACCAGAGAGGGUCCCUGUUACUAUGGCAACACAGCGACUGUCCAGUGCUUCAGAAACAGUCACUUCGCGGUGGUGUCCCAGGAAACGGCCUUGGUGUGCAGGACACUGAUCAAUCUCCACCUGUCCGCACCGCCCCCCGGCUGCCCCCCGGGGCAGGAGGCGGGAUCCUCCGUGGUCUCCAUGGCUGGCCCUCUCACCUGCUGUGACACCACAGUCCAGGUAGAGUGGGGGCCACCCUGCAUCCGGCACAGCCAGCUGGUGAGCAACAUCGGCAUCUGGAUGGGGCCACAGGGUUCCAUCGUGUGGGACGCCACCUUCAGGCUUCACAUCCACUGUGUCUUCAACGCCAGUGACUUCCUGCCCCUCCAGGCGUCCCUCUUUCCUCCCCCUCCAGCCACUGUGACCCAGUACAGCCCCCUGCGGCUCCAGCUGCAGAUCGACAAGGGAAAAGGGAACGACAAGGCUUUCAGCUCCUACCACAGGGAGGGGGACCACCCCAUUGUGGGGCUGUUUCAAGAGUCUGACCCCAUGGAGGUCUGGCUCCUGCAGAGGACAGACCCCAUUCUGGUCCUGGUGCUGCACCACGCCAACCCCUUCCAGUAUCCUCAGUGGCCCAUCCAGUCAGGUGAGUGUCCUUUCGGUGACAGCUCAGGACCUGAAUGAUGGCCUUGGGAGGGUGCUCUGCCCUUCCACUCUCACUACCAGUGCUUCACCGUUGCCACCUUCGCCCUCCUGGACAUUGGCUCCUGGAGCGUUUACUUCCUCUGCGGCACCUCUGCCUGCUGCCCGUCAGGGCUGAAGACUUACUCGACUACGUGUAGCUCUGGGGCUGCAGGAUGGCAAAGAGCCUCAGGUCACCACAAUGACAUUGCCAGGCCCAGCAUGGUGAGCUCUCCCGGGCCACUGGGCUUUGAGGAUUCCUACAGGUGGGAGUCUACGCUGGGGCCUGCAGGCUCCACCAUGAACUGCAGCCCAAGGCCUCUCCUCUGGGUAAUUCUUUUGCUGUUGGCUGUUGCCCUGGUCCGAGGGGUUGGCGUCUUUGUGGACCUGAGCCAGGCCAAGCCCAGAAGCUCCUGGAAGGCAACAGAAGGUGAACAGGCUGAAUAG